AUGCCACUAGACACUGAAACCCGCUACAUCAUGAUGGAAAAAUUGGCACUCACACUCAUUACAUCAAAGAAGAAGCUACGACAGUAUUUUGAAAGCUAUACCAUCAUUGUAUAUACAGACUACCCACUGAAGCAGGUCUUAAACAAACCCGAUCUCUCUGGUAGAUUGUCCAAAUGGGCAAUCGAACUCGGGACGUAUGAUAUACGGUUCUUGCCACGAAAAGCAAAGAAAGGCCAAGUACUUGCUGAUUUCCUAGUCGAGAUACAAUAUUUUACCCCAGAUACCUUACCUGAACUGCUGAAAUCAGAAGCUAAGUGGGUAUGGACAAUGCAUACGAACGGAGCCUCCAAUUCUCAAGGAGCUGGGAUUGGCAUCGUAUUGGAAGCACCCUCCGGACUAAAAAUUGAGGAAGUCAUUCGGUUAAAACAAUUUGCCACAAAUAACAAGGCUGAGUAUGAGGCUCUGAUUUACGGCUUAGAACUAGCACGAGACAUGGGCAUUAGACGAUUGAAAGUCAGAGGAGAUUCAAAGCUCAUGAUAGAACAAGUGGUCGGGAAUUUCGACACCAAGGCACCCCACCUAACUAGCCUAUUGCAAAAGGUAACUGAAUUACAGUUACAAUUCCAUCAGUUAGAACUCAUACAAGUACUGAGGGAACAAAAUCAGAAGGUCGAUGCCCUCGCCAAAUUAGCCUCUGCAGGGGAAUGUUCUCGGCACUUCGUCAUAUACACAAGCCAAUCACCAAAAGCUUCGGAAGUUUUCUCAACCUCAUCAGAACCUGAGUGCUGGAUGGAUCCAAUCAUUCGCUAUUUGUCUAAGUUUGAACUGCCAGCCCAUGCAAAAGACACUAAGCUUCUGUGUCUUCAAGCUCAAUGCUACUCCAUCAUCCAUGAAACAUUGUACCGCAAGUCCUUUAAUGGCCCAUAUCUUCGAUGUUUACGUCCAUCAGAAGCUAAAAAAUUAUUAGAGGAGAUCCACGAAGGAGCAUGUGGAAACCACACUGGGGGCCGAAGUUUGGCACACAAAGCACUUACAGCAGGGUACUACUGGUCAUACAUGAUGACAGAAGCACGCGACUAUGCAAGAAAGUGUGACAAAUGCCAGCGAUUCGCACCCACCAUCCAUCAGCCCGCUCAAGCUUUACACUCCAUCAUUGCACCUUGGCCUUUUGCAAAGUGGGGGAUGGACGUGGUAGGGGAACUGCCCAGAGCUGCUGGAGGAAAACAGUAUGCUUUGAUAGCCAUCGAUUACUUCACUAAAUGGGUCAUAGUAGAGGCAUACGUCACAGUCAGCAAAACAGACACCAUGAGCUUCGUGUGGAAGCACAUCAUCUGUCAAUUUGGGAUACCAUGGGAGAUAGUCAUUGACAACGGAACCCCGUUCCAAAACGCCAAAAAAAACUUGGAAGAUAAAAAAGGCGCGUGGGUAAAAGAGUUACCAAAGGUGUUAUGGGCAUAUAGGACAACAAAAAGGUCCUCUACGGGCAAAUCUCCCUACGCCAUGGUGUAUGGAACAGAGGCUGUCAUCCCAACAGAGGUGGGCCUACCUUCACUUCGAACAGAGAUAGCUUCUGAUCUGACCACAAACAACAUACAAUUGAUGUAA